AUGUCCGUGGUGGGUAUUUCACCCAGCGAUCUUGUCAACGGGUUUCUUGCAGCCAAGAGGGUUGUUGAGGCUCUGAAAGACGAAGACGGGUCAGAGCAACAGGCUGUAGCCGCAUUAACAAGUCUCAAGCACGAGUUGGCAGCUGUUGACGGCCUUGAAGCCUUCCUGGACGGUGUGCAAGAUGAGGCAAGACCUUCGAUGGUCCAGGUCCGCGACAGUGAGCAAGUCCAAGCCAGUCGUACAGAAUCCACCCUCGAUACCCGACAGACCCUUGAGAGAAUCUCCCGGUCAGAGACUGCCCUCUCGAAGCCGAUUCUGCAAAUGCAAACUGCUUUUGAGAAAGGGGCUCGCAGGCAGCAUAGAGAAGGUUGUCAGGCACAGAUGACAUUAACGACCAUGGGCAAACAUCGGUCACCGCGCCUGGAUACCCGCAGUGAAGUCCUUCCGUCCUUUCCUUCAUUCAAGAAGCCCUCACGGCCGCUUUGCCGACAGCUUCAUAUGUCGCAUGACCAAGCCGUCACGCCAAUGCUGAUUGCUGCCCUGUUUGUCUCACGACACGACAGCGGAUUGAAGAUAACGCUCCGAGCCUUCAUCGACCUUGCGAGACCCGAUCCAGCAUCUGCAAUUCUAAUCCUAUGCACCAUUGUGGCGUUCUCGCAAAUGGCCGUCCGACUAUGUCCCCAGCUCUCCAUACUUGGUGCCGAUAGGGUCAGAUUCGAUGACGCAUUCGGAUCGUCGAUAAUGCUACCCUUCUCAACCUGCGAAUAUCCAGCGACCUUCUCGGGAUUCCUCCAGCAACAUUUCCUGGGACAUCCAUGGCAGUCAUUUGUCCUUGCCGGCAGCUAUCACCUCAAUCAGAACAAUGGUCGUGGCAGACUUGUGACAGAGGAGACUUGGGGCUCCAUUGUGAAACCAAAUUCGACAGUUGCGAUGUCGAUGUUCCUUGAAUUGGGCAACAAGAUCUGUAUCCGUUGUCGAAAGAGGCUGACUGAUGAUGGAAGAGAUCUUUUCUGUGCUGCUUGUGGCUUGUGCUAUGCCUUGUAUGCCUUUGCUCGCAAUGACGUGGACGACGAGGAAAGGCCGAAGGGAGGAACAGCGAAGGAGGAACAGCGAAGAAAGCGCAGGGACGUCAAGUGGUCUCAUCGAUGCAGGCCCUUCUCAGGAUGA